UCUCGUGCAAAGCGCAACGUAUAGCGGAUACGUUAUAUAGUAUCCGUAUCGGUUCAAAUCGGGACGGCUUUGUCUUUGUCUGCGUGUGUGUGUGCCUGAGUGUGGGUGUAACCCCAAAGAUCGAGUGUGCAAAUAAAGCGACGAAAACGAGUUUCGCUAAAGAGCAGAGUUUUGCAAAGCGGCCAUAUUCCAUAUCGAAUAACCGACCAAUAAAGUGUUACUUGGCUGAAUCCAACUAGCUCCGUUGCAGCGACGUGGUGGCCUAUAUUCAAAAUAGAUCAGAGAUCGACGGCAGCUGCAUCAAAAGGCUGGAGGAGAUGAGGCGGCAAUGAGGAGAUCGCCAUGUGAGAAGAGCAAAACUAGUUUCCCAUUUGCGCGCUUAUGCUAAGUAAUAAUAAUAAAUAAGCGCAGUCGUUGUUCGCCGUUGAGAAGUGACCUAAAAAUACUGGUUUCGAGUGCGGUUUGGCGUGAGAACGUGCAGCAAAGCUACCACCAAUGGCCACAACCGCCGGAUCCGCAGCCGUGGUGGUGAAGCGCCCCGGACCACCGGUUCCACCCAGGCCCAAAGCGGCCCAGUCCGCCAAUGGAGCACCACCGAUCAUCCAGAAGAAGCCCACCUUUGUGAGCCAACUGAGUGCCGUGGGCCGCACCCUGGUCUACAAAUCUCCGACAGUUAAUCUGCCCAAGAAGCAGGCCCAAACCCAGACCCCCACAACGGCGGUACCAGCUCCUCCGGUCAAACCGCUGAAGCUACGUAAAGCUCCCGAUGUGCCAACGGCCAAGCCCAGGGAGGCCAUAACUUCGGUGGUCACUGUGAAUCGUCAUAACUCGAUAAGCGUGAUUGGGGGUUCCCCGCAAACCACGCCCCGCAAGGACACCCGCUUGAGCCUGGGAAAGGUGGACUUCGAGCGGGCUGGUCUUCAGCCCACCAGCCAGCCUCUACCCAGACCCCGGAAAAUUGUCCAACUUCCCGUUGCCACUCUGGAUGUGGAGGAUAUACCAGUAGCCACUACCCACCCAUCCACUGGGUUAUUCAGAAGAUCCAAAACUACACUGGAUGGCUGCCAAAAGGAGUCGACCCCCUCCCCUCACAACGGAGGAUUCCUGGCUGGCCGAACUGUGGAGAUCAAGAACAACUUGAAGAACGCCGCAGAGCGUUUGUUUUCGGAGAUAAUCAUCAAUCAGAGCCAGAAACAGGCUGCCACCGAUACCACCAUUAUAACCAAACACGAGGCCCUGAAACAGGAGGCGGAUGUCCUUUCCAUUCAGUCUACGGGAAACUGCAUGAGGAUCAAUGUGAAUGGUGGCCAGACCACCAGCACCAUGAAGAGUUCUAUUAGCGUGGGCAAUACUCCGCAGAAGAAGCAGGCCUUCCACGAGAUGCUCAUCUCGGAGCUGGCUGCCAUGCGGAACAAGUCCUGUUCCCUGGAGCAGCUGCCCACCAAGUCCCUUUCGCCCCCGACCACAUCCACACCCAAGAGUGUCAUAUCGCGCAGGCGAUACAACUCCAUCGAUGAUGCCGAGGAUGCCGAGGACGUGGAUGCGGACAACGUCGAGGAUGCGGAUGGAGAUGUCGAUGAGGAGGAUACGCUGACCUAUGCGGUUAACAAAUCGCUGAAGGAAAACAUGGGCAAAGAGGGAGUGUCUUCAAGGAAGCGUUGUCCUUCUGGAUGCUCCACAGAUUCGUCGCCCUAUGGCACCGAGAGAUCCCAGCGCAUCCGCACCUCGGAUUGGAUCGAGGUGGGCGACAAUGGCACGGCGGUGACCUUAACCAGCUGCCACAUCAGCCUCGAAGAUUCGGGCAUGGAGGACGAGGAGCGGCUGGACGACAUGUCCUCGGGAGUGGGCGAUAGUUGGGACAGCGUGAAGGAAGCGGAGACCGAGAAACGUUCUCGCAACGGAAAACGUGGAAAUUCUGUUUGCGAGCUGCCACCGCUGCCAAAAUCUCUGAUUGGCUUCAACAAACUAUUGUGUUCCGAUUCGGGACUUCUCAGUGAUGUGGAGGGAAACAACAACAGCAGCGAGAUCAGCCAAAAACCAAACAACUCUUUUGCAUUGGAGAUCCAGGAUGACAAUGAGAAUGGCAACGAUAAGUCACUGCCCUCCUCGCCGAUCGGAAACACAGCAAUACCACCAAUGACUGCGAAAUCCGAGGCGAAGUCCCCCAGUUUAUCCGCCAAAGGAAACCCCCAAGCAGUCGAAGCAGGCAGCACUCUGGAUGCACAAAUUGCGACGCUGCGGAAGGAAAUGAACGGCCUGCGUCAGCUAGAUCUCUCGUUGUUGUCACAACUGUGGGUGCUUAACGAAUCGAUCCAAGAGUUCCGUGCCUUGAUCGAGGACCAGGAGAACGAGGAUGAGGACGACGAGGUGGACAAUGGCAACGAGGUGGACGAGGAGGGCAACAGCCGGAUAUCCUCGUCCGUCGAAUCGGUGCGAUUCGAGGGCGGUGCGGAUGCCAGGGCGAAGCAUCUGGGAACCAUACCAAAGGUCAUAACGACGCAGCCGAAGGUGCUGAGGGAUGAGCUGGCCAGCAGCAAGGACCAGAAGCCGGUGCCAAGGAUGCGGAGUGCCCCACCCCCGCCGCCACCCGCCGUCCUGCAGUCCUCCAUGGAGCGAAAGCCGCCGGCACCUUCACGGCCCACAUGAUGUUACCUCUCGGACUUCCUCGCCGGAGUCAGGAUGGUCAUGUGCAAGGCGAUCGUGAGCGAUGUGCCCGCCUCCUCCACGUCCUCGUCCUUUGGGGGCGGGGUGGCCCCCUGGCCAGACCUGGGCGUGGCCAGUUUGUCGGACCAGAAGAGCUGCUUGGGCGCCAAUCGGAGUGGCCUACUCCAAGCUUAGUUUUAGUUGAUACAUACCGAUAAAUAAGGUGUACGAGCGAUUUACGAGCGAACUGAUCUAAAUUUUUGGGUGAACUAGCAGUUCUCUAAGUGCCCUGAAAAAAUCCUGAUACGAAGCCUAAAUUAUCUGCUGCUUACCUCAAUAUAGGAAGACCCAACAUAAUGUAAUUGGUAGAAUUCGUAAGACCAACCUCUAUGGUUAGGAGUCCUUUGUGAUCUUCAGUUGUAAGUUUAUUGUACAUUUUUCUCUUGUGGUUUGGGCUUGAUUGGUUCACCGAUAACUUUUGUUUUUGUUUAAUAGCCUUACUAGUUAAGCGAUGCUGUCAAAUUAUGUCCUGGAUCGUUCUUGAUCCUGUGUUUAUGUUACACCAUGCAUUUGACCAGUAACAUUUGUAUAUAGAAAUUUUCCUGGCUAGCUGCUGAACAUUUUAUAAACCUAACGAAAAGUAUAAAGAAUAAAAAACUUGAAAGAAG